GAAAGAAAAAGACGAAAGAAAGGGCAACAAAGAAAGAGAGGCGUCAUCGAUCUGGCCUCCUUUCCGUUUUUUCAAAUUCAGCCACUACUUCUGUCGUCUCCAUCGGGGCGAACGAUCUUGCAAAUUUUCUUGCAACUUUUUCGAUACGGGCAUUCCUUGUUGUGUUUGGUAAUGUCGGCGAAUCGCCUCACAAGUGUCCUCUAUCCGUUCAAACAUAAAAAGAUUUGGGAAGAGAACAACGGACGCAACCUGAAGUUGGCCAUCGGACUCAUCUUGUCUCUCGAUUUUCUCUCCCAAUGUCACUCGAUCACCUUUAUUUUCCUGUGGGGAUGGAAAGACGCCUCGCUGGGCUACCCGCAAAUUCCCGGUUUCGAUGCGUGGCAUCGGCUUUACUAUGCGGUCACAGUGUCAACGGUGGCCUUGAUCUGUCUGGUCAUGAAUUUGCUAACAAUAUGGGAAAUGAGAGGUCUGACGGAAAGAAAAUACCAAUGGAGCCUGUUUGGCAUCUCCAUCCCUCAGCACACUCAUGCAAAUCCCGGCCGCUCUUUUCUUUACUGCUCUCUCCUAUGCGGCCUUCACUGGGAAUCAGCUCUCCGUGGCAUCGCUCAUCGCUUCAUUUUCAAGUGUGCUUUUCUAAAUUCUUCUGAAAGUUGGACUAACGCUCAACAGGAUUGUUCUCGAAUCGGCGGCAAUCUUCUUUCAAUUCAUAACGCUUUUCAAAACGGCUUACUUGCCCAAUUGGCUUUAAGUUCCACUGGCAAUAGCAAAACUUGGUUGGGCGCUCAGAAUACCACUGGAACGUUUGUUUGGACUGACGGGACACCUUUUGAUUAUCAGCGAUUUGCAAAGUCUGUCGAUUCUGGUGAUUGUGUUUAUUUGGAUUCAAUCGAUCAACUUUGGAAGAUGUCUUUGUGCUCUCAAAAUAUGAAUUUUCUUUGCGAUGUUCGAGUAAAUCCUACAACAACAUCACCCUCAUGUUUACCAGAGCUUUACCAUUGUCAACAGGGAUGGCAAUACUUUCCCCUAACUGGAUAUUCUUACAUGAUUGUUGAAGAUCUCAAUUAUGAUGAUGCGAAAAGCUUUUGCGUGAGUAAUGGAGGACAACUUGCGUCGAUUCACAGCGAUGAAGAAAACGAUUUCGUUACCAAUCUUUGUUCUUGCACUGAUGGAUGUGUGCAUGACCAUCAGGAGCACUCAUUUGCUGUCUACAACAUUGGCGCUCAAAAGAUCAAUGGAAACUGGACAUGGCUAGAUGGUACGCCGUACGACUAUCUACACGAUACAUGCCAAAAUGGAGUCCAAGAUGCUGACAUUAUUGUGAUCUCGAAUUUUGAUGGUUGCUCUCCUUGCGGUCAAGUUGGCUUAUGGGUUUACACGACAAAGGGACCUGUUGAUAUCAUUAGACCGUAUGCUGUAUGCAAAAAGAAA